AUGCGACCGAUGGUGCCCCUGCUGCCCCUUCCCCCCUCCCUCCUCCUCCUCCUCUCCCCCCUCCUUCGCGUUGAGGCAUCCGAGACCAGCAGCUUCGUCGUCUCGUCCUCUUCCCCUCACUGUACUCUCCCUCCCUCCUCCCCUGUUCCUCACAUGCUUUCCCUUCGGGGAGGAAGCGGAUUCAUGCCUGUGAAUAAUCUUCAGAAAGAUUUUCAGAUUGCGUGCGAGUACGCGAGGACGCUCAACGGCGUCUCUGUGGAGACGAGGCUCCUCCUCUACGGGUUCUACAAGCAGGCCACCGUCGGGCCCUGCACAGGACCCGAACCCUCGAUCUUUGCCUGGGCGGAAAGGGCAAAAUGGCAGCAUUGGGCAGCACUGGGGAACCUGACGUCGACGGAUGCGAUGAAGGAGUACCUCAAGGCGAUGGAUGGAAUUGAACCCAAGUGGAGAGAGCUUGCGUCGAGCCAGCCGGUCCCGCAGGUGGAGAAGUUGAUGACGGCAGACCACAUGUCGUCCUCGACUGACGAGACGACGGAGAGCGAGGAGGAGUGGAUAUCGGACGAGCAGGAGGGCGAGCAACGUGCAAGAUUCAACUUCUCCUCUAUGUGGCGACUCGUGCUGGUGUAG